GAAGCGGAGAUGGCAUGCAUUCCAGUAUACACUGAUUGCAACUGGAGUCACCAGCGCGUCUUGGCGAGCUCUACACCAGGAUUGUCGACUGUGGAUAUAUGCUCCCACGCCAGUGUACAUUGAAUUGUUUUCAGCUGUACGUUUGGUUGCGUGACAUACACGACCUCAACCGGUUCACAUACGUUUCGGGUGAUAAACCAAAGCACGUCGAAGUGGACCCGGCCAUGUGCUGAAAUCUCCUUUUUUUUUGUUUUGUUUUUUUUUUACUCUGGAUCCAACUACAGUGUAUUUCUUUUUCCGCCAAUGGGAAAAAGAGCAGCCGCCCUCCGUUCUCGAGUGUAGUUUGGACGGUAAACCCUUAUUACGCAUGCAGGGAAAAAUCUGUUGUGAUAUCGGAUCGACCUGCGUCUCCAUGUGCAUUGACUGCGGGGAGCCCCAGGCAAUGAGAGAGCUAAUAACCCGGCCAUAACUUGACUUGCGUUACUGAAUUGUCGUGUGUAAACGCCAUUGUUGGAGUUGUAACCCAGCAAAAAGCCAUGGUGCAUUGCGCCGGGUGCGAAAGGCCUAUCCUGGACCGCUUUCUGCUCAACGUCCUGGACCAAGCCUGGCACGUGAAGUGCGUCCAGUGCUGCGACUGCAAAUGCAAUUUGACAGAUAAAUGUUUUUCUCGAGAGGGGAGGCUAUACUGCAAAAAUGACUUUUUUAGGCGUUUUGGCACCAAAUGUGGCGGGUGUUCGCAGGGCAUCUCUCCGAACGACUUGGUCCGGAGGGCUCGGAGCAAAGUGUUUCAUCUCAACUGCUUCACGUGCAUGGUGUGUAAUAAGCAGCUCUCGACCGGCGAAGAGCUCUUCAUCAUAGAUGAAAACAAAUUCGUUUGCAAAGACGAUUUCACGAGCAACAGCAGUGUUAAAGACACAAACCUCAUUUCAGUAACGGCAUGUAGCGAACCGAGUUUAUCCCCGGAUUCCCAAGACCCCCUCCAGGACGACGUGGUCCUAAAGGAAACUGAGAUUACUGCCCUCUCAGAUAAGGAAACUGUAAAUAACGAGAACGACGACCAAAAUCUGGGCGGCAAGCGGCGAGGCCCGCGGACGACUAUUAAGGCCAAACAGUUGGAGACGCUGAAGGCGGCGUUUGCUGCAACCCCCAAACCUACCAGACACAUCAGGGAGCAACUGGCACAGGAGACAGGCCUCAACAUGAGGGUUAUCCAGGUUUGGUUCCAGAACCGCCGUUCCAAAGAGAGGCGUAUGAAGCAAUUGAGUGCAAUGGGAGCCCGCAGGCAUGCUUUUUUCAGGAGCCCAAGGCGGAUGAGGACGCUGGUUGACCGCCUGGAACCCGGGGAGCUCAUUUCAAACGGACCUUUCUGUUAUUACGGAGAUUAUCAAAGUGAAUAUUAUGGUCCUGGAGGGAACUAUGAUUUCUUUCCUCAGGGGCCACCUUCAUCGCAGGCCCAGACCCCAGUUGAUCUCCCCUUUGUGCCCUCUUCAGGCCCCACAGGCACACCCCUUGGAGGUUUGGACCACCCCCUACCAGAACACCAUCCAUCCAGUGAUGUACAGCGUUUCUCUGAUAUUAUGUGUCACCAUGCUGGGGACUCUCCAAGCCCAGAGCCUGGCAUUCCAGGGACACUGCACAAUAUCUCCUCCGAGGUGUUUGGCCCAAGCCCACCCUUUACCCCAGUUUCUCUGAACAGCAGCGGAUAUAACAACCAUUUCUCACAUCCACCCACAGAAAUUAAUGAAGCCACUGUAUGGUAGCUCUUUGGGAGACUGGACUCUUUUGGCUGGAAAAUUAGCAACUGGGGUUUAAUGUGAUGUGGGUUGAAUUGAACCAUGGAUCAUCAACAGGGAUAAGGCAAUGCCACAAAACAUUUUUGUUAAAUUUCCUAUUUACUAUUUAUUAAUACUAACCCAAAACUGGACAUUUUGGAACUGACAGCCUUCAUCCUUCUGUGUGCAUCUGAGGAAGGUUCUACCCUGCCGCUUGUCAUUGGCUUGGCAUGAGAAAACAUUCAAUUACUGUUAUGAGGAAAUUGAGUUUCAAGGUCUCUUAUAUGUCUAGACUACAAAAAGAUAUAAUUUGCACCUGUCAAAGACAACAAUAGCUUUACAGACAGUUCAUAAUCUGGUCAAAAGUAGAUGACUGAGCAAUAUUCAAUAUUUAAGGCAUUAGACAUGCUCAUUGUAUUCAUUCAGAAGUUCCACAAACACCUUUGCUUCUCCGGGCCGCAGCACGUAGACACUUCACACCACAUUAUUCAGGACAGAGCAAAUGGGAUAUUUCUCCACAUUAAGACUUUCUUUUGGUAUCAGAAUUUUCAUCAAAUCUUAGAAAGCUGCUUUCAAAAGACGAACACUUCAUAAGUUCCUUAACAAAAUUCAAACACUUGAUUUAAAUGGAGCUGAACUUGAAUGGCUAAAAUGAGGUCUACCUUCUAAAAAUCCUCAACUGGGGUUCUAAUGGGACUUAAAAGAGUCAACUGUUUACAUAAUGCAUUUAAGAUUCAGGAGUCCAAAAAACCACAUUUUAGAACUUUGUCCAUGUAAACUGUACCAAGCAACCAACCAAACUUUUGUAUUGAGUUCCUUUAUGUUAUAUGAAGAAAAUACAUUUUCUUCAAGUUGUGGUUCACUAUGCUGGUUUGUACAAGAUAUUUACAGAAAAAUAUUUUUUGAAAAUGAACCAAACAUACGUACUUGCCAAAUAAGGAAAGAGCACAACUUCCGUUAAAUCAUCAUUGCAAAAUGUCAGAAUGUGUUACAACAAAUUGUUUUAAGAGGCAUACAUUCAUCAUGAAUUUUCUAACUGCUCACAAUACAUUCAUAAACUUAUUAACUAACAGUAAUAUCCA